CAAUAGGAAUUCUGGUAGAUGUAGAUCACUGCCAGAUGAAGACUGGACUCAGGUAAAUUGUUUUUUUCCAAGCAAAUAAUCUACCUGGAUGUCACAGAUUGUCUCCAUUAACAUACUGACUUUCCAGGGAGAAUCUCUUAGGGCAAAACUCCUCCUUCAGCUUGAAAUUGUCACUCUGCCCUUGGUUUUGUUAUUAUAAAUUUAAAUUAUUAGAAAAUGGAAAUGAGAUCCUUUUCAGAAUAAUUUGAAGAGAAAACAAUUCCCCUCCAAUUAUCUAAUUCCCUUCUAAUUUUACUACAUUGGUUUUGUUUUGGGAGAAAAACAAUUUCAUUUCACAUACAACAUUGUCUAUUUUAUCUUGAUCUUCUAUUUAUUCCUCAUUGGAUCAUGAAAUGUCCCCCUGUCCAUUCAUAUAAAAGUUAAAAUUUUCCUCAUAACUCAUUUGUUUUAUAUCACCUUUUGUAUCUAACUCAUGUACCCUUUCAGAGUUUACUUUGUUAUGGUAUGCAAGACAUUGGUCCAUCCCUAGUUUUUGCCAGACAAAUUUUCAUUAUUCCUAGCAAUUGUUGUCAGGAAAUGAGUUCUUACCUUUGAAAGUGAAUAAGCCUCCUCAUUUUACAUGUGAGAGAACUAAGGUAAAAACAUAGGAUAUGGCAGGGCCAUGAUUUGAACCCAGGUCUUCUGACUCCAAAAUCACAAAUUUUACACUGCCAGUAAAAAAAAAAAAGUGUAUAUGGCUAGAGUUAUCCUCAGAGUUUCAUUGCUGGGUUCUUUCUGCUGCAUUUUCCUCUGAGGAAGAAGUAGAACAGGGCCACUUAGAAUAAUGGGGAUGAUCAUGAUCAUGAUCAUCAAAAUAACUAGCAUUUAGAUAGAACUUUAAGGUUUACAAAGCAUUUUCUCUCAUUUGAAUAACAUUUCCAAGGCUCAGACAAUGGGUUAUCUUUCCCACUGUACGGUAUCACGACCCUCAUACUACAAGAUUUUCACUCUCGACUUCACCAUCACCAACAUGUUGUACAAACCAGAGAUGGGCGAAAGUGGUUCCAGCACAUUCGAGGCCACUGAGCAUGUCCUGAAGAACCUGCUUAAGGUAUUGUUUGAAAGGAGCAGCCUUGGCUCUCAGUAUUCUGGAUGCAGUGUGAUCUCAUUGAGGUCUCGAAAUAAUGGGACAGCAACAGGAGUGGAUGUGUAUUGCAUUCUUAAGGAAGUCUCUGCCAGCGCUGUCCUGGAAAAAGAGAAAGUUUACUGGGAGUUGACUGAACAGCUCUUUAGAAGAAAGCUAAGCCACUUGAUUAUAGACAAAGACAGCCUCAGUGUGGAUGGGUAUAAUCGUAAGAUGACACUCUUCAGAUCCAGGAAGGGUUUGUUUAAACCUAAUAUCCACAAGGACAUGAAGCAGGAAAUGGAGAGGGCAGGAGAGACAAAGUCCCAAGUAUCAGAGAGUGAGAAUGAUGUAGGGCCCUUCACCCAUAUCCCAGACCAUGCAGCACCAGGAGACAUGACAUCAGUGAACAGUGAAUCUACUGUUGGUGCCAUGGUAUUCUCUACUGAGACUUCAGGGUCACUGAAGAAAGUGAGUGGAUCUGACCAGGGAAGAGAACCAACAGACUCCACCAGUAUCCCAAUGACUGGCUUCACUGGAAGAGAUUCCAUUACAGACACUGAAACAGACAUACGUGUCAUGGAGACAACUCCAAGAGCCACAGUCACUCAAGCCCCACUUCUCACUGCGCCCACUGAGCAGGUGACCUCAUCCCUGGGAUGCACAAGAGAACUGUGUCCUCUCCCACUUCACCCUUAGCUCCAAGUGAGAUAUCCUCUGGAGUCACCAUGGCCAUUGCGAGGCCCUCACUCUACAUGACUCCAGUAGAACCCACAGCUAGCCCUGGCUCCAGUAGUCCCUUAAACAUCAGCCUAUCUGGAACAAUGUUUUCUACACCCCUUGCAGACACACCUAUAGCUGAAAUAACUCUUGGAGAGAGUUCUAGCACCCCCCUCUUCUCUAUGGUCCACUCCAGUUGAUUCUUUCAAUAUUGCUGUCUUGGUCCCAGGAACUGAAAUCACCUCCAUUGUGCCUCUAUAUUCACUUCCAGCAGCCUCAAGUGCCACAGAAACCACACCAAAUCCUGAAUUGUCAGUGAGACCUACCACACUAGAGCCAGGCUUAGCUGCCCUAACUUCCACUGCUCCCAGCAUCUUUCCAACACCGUCUGGAGAAGACACAAACACCUCAUUGGUGUCUAUAGAAGGACCAACAGAAGAUAAAACAGUGUCCAGCACCUUCCCAGCGAAUGCAGACACCCCUGGUAUCACUCACAGGGAGCACUUCUUCACAGGUCCUGGAAUAACUUUUCAACCUGACAUGGCCUCUACUUCUCUGCCCAAUUUAAGUGAAGGGACCAGUUACUCCAAAACUGUCCCCUCACCCCCUUUAGAGAGUAGGAAAAGCACUGCCAUGGUUGGAGUCCAGAUAAGCCUAGCUGAACUUCUCACUCCAGAGUCCAAGAAGCCCACCCCUGCUGAGGGUUCACUCUCUGUUGGACCAGUGACUGAAUUUAGCAGCAGGGAAAGUGUACAUUUACAGAAUAGCUUGGCCCCCAGCAUCACCCCAGAAUGGGAGACCAGUAGACCAGGCAGGACUACAGAGUCAGAUAUCAGCACACUCAUCCCUGGCAAUUUUCAUCCUUCUGAGGGCACUGCUGACCUCAUAUCAAGCCCAGUGGAAGACUCCAGCCCAAAGCCAGCUGUCUAUACCUCUCCACCCCACACCUCAGGUACUACAGGGACCAGGACUGGAGACGAGACAGACUCAUCCUUGGUGUUGACUACACCAGCACCUGCUGUCGCUAUCAGCAGCAUCUCUGGGGCUCUCCUUGGUACAAGAACAGUGGUUCCAUGGUCUUCGAAUUCAGCUGAAGCUACAGAUCUUACCAUGAAUCGCCUUGAUCCUAUAUCCAUGUUGCCAUCCAAAUUCUCCACUUCUUCUCCUGUAACAUUUUCAGGGGUUACUUACAAGACUGAAGACAAGAGCUCCAAUGUUCCUGGGACUGACAGCAUAAGUAUCAUCUUCAGCAGCAAGGUCACAGACAGGGUCUCUCUCCAUCCUGAGAUCAUUCCUAACCAAAAUCU